UGAGCGUCGAUGAAGUGAUGUUUAUCCCACAAAAACAACGAAACAAAACACGAAGGAGGCACCACCAAAACAACGAAAGAAACACCGCCAAAAAGACAAAGAAAGACACUAAAAUGGCGAAAAAAACAUCACCAAAACGAAGGAAGCACAAAGAAACACCACCAAAACGACGAAGGAAACACAAUAAAAAUGACGAAGGAAGCACCACCAAAAUUCGAGGGAAAUCACUAACAAUAAAAAAUAAACAAGGAUCAAAAAUUAUGUGGACCAUUAUGUCUGAAAGAAGUAGAGUCAAUGGUAUUGUCCUAUUGCUAUUUAUGAUGACACUAUUAGGUUUCCUGUCGAUAUUUCUAAAAAAGUUCUCGAUUAUUAAGGAAAAAGAUACUUAUAAGGAAGAUAAUAAUUCUGGUUCUUCUUCUGAUAAAAUUACUAGCUUAAGUGAGAGAGAUGAGAGAGAUAGAUUGAAAAAGACUGUUCUCUCUUAUAAUACUGGAGUUAGCGGUUUAGAAAAUGUAGUUAUGAACUUUAGAGCAAAAUUUGAAGAUAAAUUCAAUUUAACUUGGAGCUGA